AUGUCUUACCGAGAUCUGAGAAACUUUACAGAGAUGAUGCGGGCACUUGGAUACCCUCGGCUGAUUUCAAUGGAGAACUUCAGGAGCCCUAAUUUCCCCUUGGUUGCCGAAGUACUUAUCUGGCUGGUGAAACGUUAUGAACCACAUACAGACAUCCCUGUGGAUGUAGACACGGAGCAGGACAGAGUGUUCUUCAUUAAAGCAGUUGCCCAGUUUAUGGCCACUAAAGCACACAUAAAGUUAAAUACAAGGAAGCUGUACCAGGCAGAUGGAUAUUCAGUAAAGGAGCUCCUGAAGAUCACCACAGUGUUGUACAAUGCCAUGAAAUCCAAAGGCAUGGAAAGUACCCAACUUGAGGACCAGGAAACAUCCACCUUUAAAUUUAAUUUGGGAUCUAAGAUUUCAGAUUUAAAGAUGGCCAGACAGCUUGCUUCUGAAAUUACCUCUAAAGGUGCAACAUUGUACGACCUUCUUGGCAAGGAGGCUGAUCUCAGGGAGCAAAGAACAGCUGCCAUAGCUCGGCCACUGGAGAUGAACGAUACUGAGAAGGUGCUGAGAACGUCCAUCAAAGAAGUCUUGGAGCAAGUGCAGAAGAUGAAAGACCUACUGAGCAACGUUGCAUCCGACGAGCAGAACCUUGAGGCCAAAAUUGAGAAGCGCAAACAGGAGCUGGAGAGAAACCGGAAAAGGCUGCAGACACUGCAGACAGUGAGGCCUGCAUUUAUGGAUGAAUAUGAGAAGAUCGAGGAGGAACUGCAGAAGCACUAUGAGACCUAUCUGGACAAGUUUCGUAAUGUUUGUUACCUGGAACAGCAGCUGGAAGACUAUCACCGAGUGGAACAGGAACGUUUUGAGGAGGCAGAGAACACUCUGCGGCUGAUGCAGAGCAAACUGCGGGAAGAAGAGAACAGACUGCACAAAAAUGGCAACAACAACGAUGACUCAGACAUUGAAUUCCAGGAAGAUGAAGGUUCUGAUGAUAUGGACCCCAUGGAGAGGAGAACAGUGAAACCUAACAAUGGCCGUAUGGUAACCAUUCAAGGGAGAUCCAGUAGCCACAUCGUGGGGACGAUGAAUGGAGGAGAGAGCGAGGAUGAAGAUGAUUCCGAUGACAGUGAGAUAGACGUGGAUGAUGAAGAUGAUGAGGAGGAGGAUGAAGAUGACGAUGAGGAGGACAUCAUGAGGGUGAGAGGUCACAACAAAGAAAUAUCUUUAGGCAAAGCUAGUCGGCGAGCACAGAAAGCAGAUUCACUUGUGGAAAGUGACAAUGACUUCUAGAACGGACCAAAUCUCCAAAGCCUCGGGACUAAUGCCUUCAAUUAACUUUGUGUUAUAAAUGCACCUCCUCUAGAGCAUGCAACUAGGAAGUACCACCUGGUUGUCAGGGUCACUGACCCCAGUAACCAAAAUAAUCACAUGAAUGUCAGGGUUGAGCUUUUUUCUUUUCUUUUUUUUUAUUGUUAUUUAAGUUACUCAUCUUUCAAACUCCUGCAUGGUUGCUAGGGCAAUUAAGCCCCAAGGCAGAGAGCGGCAGAACAACCAUAACUGUAAAUAAUUACAAAAUAGAAAAUGGAGACUAAUUCAAAUACUGUUGUCUGUAUCAUGUAGAAGGUUACUUUUAAGAUAAAUUCUUUAUAUAGACGUCUAGAUUCUGUUCAAAGAUGUAACAGGCAGCAGCCCCCAUGUUGGGGUCCAGGAGAGAAGGGGCCUGGUAAGAAACCUUGCCCCGCCUAUGUUUAUGUCACAUGCCCUGCAGCAGGGGGCCAGCACCGAAUCAACAUAUGAUUUUAGGGAAUACGUUAAAGAAUCAAAGCACUUGAUUGGCGAGAAACACAAUUUUAAUCCUCCUGUGCAUUUAUACCGUUAUACUUCCCAGAUACAGAGCUAAAACACUACAUUACAGGCUCUCAGGUCUGCACUGAGAUUCCAAAUAGGCCCUGGCAUUUCGAGCCCCAAACAGCCCCAGCCCAAUAAAUAGUGACUGUCUAUGGCAUCUUACAGCAGCCCCUCUGGCAUUUGCCAACAGAUUGCCAGUCUGGGCCUGCUGGCUCUGCAUGUCUCUCUCUAAUAGAACUGAGGCUUUUAAUUGGACAGUAACCCCCAAUAUAAAAACCAAAUGGAUCUUUCAAGCUGUUUGGCAGUUCCAUUUCCGUAAUCAGCAUCUUUUAUUGUUGCUAUUCUUGCAGACGUGACAAAGUUUGACUUUUGAACUCUAUAGAUUUUUAUGUUGCAGGUAGUAUAUCCAGUUUUGUUAAACUUGCUGUUUAUUUCUAUUGUUAAAUAAAUAAAUGAAUG